UGGAAGCUGAGGCCCCUUGUCCCAGGGCGGCAUGUGGCCCCUGAGACCGAGCUUUGGCCUGCGGAGAAGCAACUGCUGGGCGGCCCUGUACGCACUCCCCCGGAGCGCUGUGCCCCUUCUCAGCGCUCGGGCUUCAAGCUGUGGAGAGAAGCGCGGCCAGGCUCUCGCUGCCCUAUCUCUAGUAGCCAAGAAAAGCCUCCACUUCCGGAAGUGGGCGAUUGCGACUCACUUUUGCAGCCCAGGAGCCUGAAGCGGAGGGCUUGCUGGGUGGGCGGGUCGCCCGGCCAGACGGGCACUAGGACCGCGCGGGCGCGGCUCCGCCCCCUCUUCCGGCGGGCUGACUCGCGGGCCGAGCCCGGGCUGUGGGGCCGCCGCGUGCCCGGCCCCGCUCGCCCGUGCCCGCCCGCCAUGCCCGGCUUCGACUAUAAGUUCCUGGAGAAGCCCAAGCGGCGGCUUCUGUGCCCACUGUGCGGGAAGCCUAUGCGCGAGCCCGUGCAGGUUUCGACCUGCGGCCACCGCUUCUGUGACACCUGCCUGCAAGAGUUUCUCAGUGAAGGAGUUUUUAAAUGCCCUGAGGACCAACUUCCUCUGGACUAUGCCAAGAUCUACCCAGAUCCGGAGCUGGAGGUUCAGGUAUUGGGUCUGCCUAUCCGCUGCAUCCAUAGUGAGGAGGGCUGCCGCUGGAGCGGGCCACUGCGACAUCUACAGGGCCACCUGAAUACCUGCAGCUUCAACGUAGUCCCCUGCCCCAAUCGCUGCCCCACCAAGCUGAGCCGCCGCGAUCUGCCUGCACACUUGCAGCACGACUGCCCCAAGCGGCGCCUCAAGUGCGAGUUCUGUGGCUGUGACUUCAGUGGGGAAGCCUACGAGAGCCACGAAGGCAUGUGCCCUCAGGAGAGUGUGUACUGUGAGAACAAGUGUGGUGCCCGCAUGAUGCGGCGACUGCUGGCCCAGCAUGCGACUUCUGAGUGCCCCAAGCGUACCCAGCCUUGCACCUACUGUACCAAGGAGUUUGUCUUUGACACCAUCCAGAGCCACCAGUACCAGUGCCCCAGGCUGCCUGUGCCCUGCCCCAACCAGUGCGGUGUGGGUACUGUGGCUCGGGAGGAUCUACCUGGCCAUCUGAAGGACAGCUGUAGCACUGCCUUGGUGCUGUGCCCGUUCAAAGACUCCGGCUGCAAGCACAGGUGCCCUAAGCUCGCAAUGGCCCGGCAUGUGGAGGACAGCGUGAAGCCACAUCUGGCUAUGAUGUGUGCCCUGGUGAGCCGGCAGCGGCAGGAGCUGCAAGAACUGAGGCGAGAGCUGGAGGAGCUAUCUGUCGGCAGUGACGGAGUGCUCAUCUGGAAAAUAGGCAGCUAUGGACGGCGGCUACAGGAGGCGAAGGCCAAGCCUAACCUUGAGUGCUUCAGCCCAGCCUUCUAUACGCAUAAGUAUGGCUAUAAGCUACAGGUGUCUGCAUUCCUCAAUGGCAAUGGCAGUGGUGAGGGCACGCAUCUCUCACUCUACAUUCGUGUGCUGCCAGGCGCCUUUGACAAUCUCCUUGAGUGGCCCUUUGCCCGCCGCGUCACCUUCUCCCUGCUGGAUCAGAGUGACCCUGGCCUGGCUAAGCCACAGCAUGUCACUGAGACCUUCCACCCUGACCCAAACUGGAAGAAUUUCCAAAAGCCGGGCACUUGGCGAGGUUCCCUGGAUGAGAGUUCUCUGGGCUUUGGAUACCCCAAGUUCAUCUCCCACCAGGACAUCCGAAAGCGAAACUAUGUGCGGGAUGAUGCAGUGUUCAUCCGUGCCUCUGUUGAACUACCCCGGAAGAUCCUCAGUUGAGAGCAGAGCUGGCAGGCUCGAGGGGAGAGGGGGAUGGGACAUGACCGUCAGGCACUGGUUGAACCUGGAGAGGGGGCCGGACCCCCUUUCAGCCGCUUUCUGCUGCCACGGUUCUGUUACUCCAUUCUCCCGCGACCACCACCACCCUCAGGUGCCUCCAAUUGGUGCUUCAGCCCUGGCCCGUGGGGAGAGCAGGUCUCGGGGUUAUCAAGGGCUGGAAACAAGCCAUCCCAGGGCCUGUCUCCCUUCCUGGGCAGAGCAGACAUGCCUUGGUGGCGGCCAUAUCCUUCUCGGACCGAGGUGCCUGCUCAGGUGCUACGUCCCAAGAGCCAUAUGGGGGGGAGGGGUUGGGAAAGGGCGGGGUAGUUACAAGAAUCUGUCUUGAGAUUGAUUUCUCUUACCCUUUCCCUAGCUGUGUCCCCUCUGGUUAUUUAUUUCCUUAGUGCCAAGAGGGCACAGCAGGGGAGCCUUGGUUUUUAAUAAAUCCUCAAUUCUAUUUAUUAA